ACUGGCCUUUCAGCUGUCUCAGAGACCAAGCUAGAGACCCAGCUAGGCUCCUCAGGGGUAGUGAGGCCACCAUGGCUCAGGAGAAGUCUCUCAUCCUGUUCCCACUGCUGGUCCUGGUGCUGCUGGUGCUGGGGUGUGUCCAGCUUUCCCUCGGCAAGGAAUCACCCGCCAUGAAGUUUGAGCGGCAGCACAUGGACUCAGGCAGCACCUCCAGCAGUAACUCCACUUACUGCAACCAAAUGAUGAAGCGACGGAGUAUGACACAGGGAUGGUGCAAGCCCGUGAACACCUUUGUGCAUGAGCCCCUGGCAGAUGUCCAGGCCAUCUGCCUCCAGAAAAACAUAACCUGCAAGAACGGGCAGUCCAACUGCUACCAGAGCAGCUCCAGCAUGCACAUUACAGACUGCCGCCUCACGAGCGGCUCCAAGUACCCUAACUGUGCAUACCGGACCAGCCAGAAAGAGAGACACAUCAUCGUGGCCUGUGAGGGGAACCCGUAUGUGCCAGUCCACUUUGACGCUUCUGUGGAGGUCUCCACUUGAGGCCGGGAGCAGCAGAUGCCCCACCACCUCAUCAUGGUGGCACCUGCCUCUCCCUUCUUCC